CACCACACCCACACCCACAGCAAGUACAACAGAAGAACAAGUUGAAGAAGAAACAACAACGGUGAACGUCGACGAGGAGGUGGAGAUCUAUGGGGUCAAAAACAUCUAUCCCAGCAUGUGCCAUACUCGAGCUCUGCCAGUCACCACACCCACACCCACAGCAAAUACAACAGAAGAACAAGUUGAAGAAGAAACAACAACGGUGAACGUCGACGAGGAGGUGGAGAUCUAUGCUCUGCCAGUCACCACACCCACACCCACAACAAAUACAACAGAAGAACAAGUUGAAGAAGAAACAACAACGGCCAUCUCCGUGAAACAGAGUUAUAAUCUUACAAACGCUUCUUCUCCCACUGACCCAUGUAAUGACUUCUAUCAAUAUGCUUGCUCUGAUUGGGAAAAUAAUCACACUAUUCCGAAAGGUGAAUUGGGUAUUACAAGGAAGUCGGAAAUCCAAAAUUAUGUACGUCGUGACAUCUGGAAAAUAAUUGCUAAUGGGUCGUAUUCCACUAAUGAUACUCGGCUAAAUACUGUUCGUAAAUUCUACAAAUCCUGUGUGGAAUAUGGAAAUAUUUCUCUCCAGGAGACAAGAAGGCAGACAACUCGUUUGAUUGAAAGAUUAUUUGGUGGAUGGGAUUUGUUGUCGUCUUCUUCGCAGAAUCUCUCCGAAACAUCAACGCCACAACAGGGAGUUGACGAUUUCAAUUUAGAUGAUAUCUACUUUCCGAUUCUGAGCAUCACAAAAGGCUGUCCUUUAUUUUCAAUUGAUAUUAAUGGGGGAACCCAAACGAUCCAUAUUUCAGGUGGAAGAUUCGCUUCCUAUAAGGGCGCUUGUGAAAAGCAGGUGUAUGCUGAAAAUAUUGCGCCAAAGUAUUACGAAAAUGCGUAUAAACUGGGAGUAUCCCCAACCGAGGAGAGCAAGUUGCAAGCUGCUUUUGAAUCGCACACACGUUUGUGUCAUAAUCUGUAUGUUGCAAGGAAAUCCGACAAAACUGCAUAUUAUAAACAAGUUAAAAUGAGGGAAUUGAAUACAAUCUGUCCAUUGAUGAAUUGGAAAAAGUUGUUUGAAAGAUUAUUUCGACAAAUUGGAUUCAAAAAUUACAAAACAUUCAAAAUCAGUAUAGCGGACACAACAGCGUUAAAAUAUCAUUGCGCCUUACAUGAAAUUGAACUGUCAACACCUACUGGUAAAAGUACAAUUAAGAAUAUGGCUAUCAUGGACUUUAUGACAUAUCACGUUAACACUAUUGGGCUUGAAGUGAACAGUUCAGAAAGUGCAAAUUCUGAGAUGGACUCAGGUUUGAGCCCGAAAUUCUCAGUAUUUUGUAUCGAACAACUGAAAGAAACAUUUCCAUGGACUCUUGAAAGACAUUACGUUGCUCAGUACUUCAAAGAAAGUCAACGAAAUGAGGUUUUCAAUAUGGUCGAUGAAAUCAAGAAGACUGUGAAUGAUUCAUUCGAAAAGCUGACAUGGUUGAAUGACGGAAUGAAGCGCUUCGUGAUUGACAAGCUACAGUAUCCGAUUGAUGAAAACACCUACAUUAUGAAUGAAUAUUAUGCACGCAGGGCAAAAGUCCUCGACGACUAUCGAAAGGAAGUAUUCGGUCUGGGAGAGAAAUUGAAUGCACAAAGAGCAACUUAUAUACCCUCAGCCUCUUAUUGGCCCACUGAAAACCGCAUAAAUAUUAAUGGUGCUUUGCUGAAUCUACCGAUUAACCGUGAUAAUCAAACUAUUUCGGAAAAAUAUGGAGGAUUGGGUUGGCAUAUAGCUCAUGAAAUAUUACACGCUGUUGAUACAUCCUGUAUACUUAUCGAUGAGAAUGGAAAUGACAGGCCUCCCAAUAUCGCCCGCAAUGAAUUUCUUGCCCUCUUGAAGCAAACAGAAUGUCUACGAAAACAGUACACAAAUUACGAUUAUACGAGUGAAAAGAGUGGAACAAUUCCAGUUCUGGAUGAAAUUCUAUCAGAUAACGGAGGUCUGAGGAUAGCAUACCAGACAUUUCAAAGACUGACGAGAAAUCUUACCAAUGAUGCUGGUGAAAACACGAACUCAUCUUCCACUUCGGAAAAAUCGUUUUUCUAUAAUUUUGCUCAGACAUUUUGUGAAAAGUAUACUGCAGAAGGAAUAACUGAAGACAUGAGUAACUCUGAUCACGUGCUGGGGCAUUACAGAGUAGUCGGUGCCUUGUCGAACAGUGAAAACUUUGCAAGAGCAUACAACUGUCCAGUGGGCUCACCAAUGAAUCCAAGUGAAAAGUGUCAUGUAUGGUGAAUGACUUUGUGUUCAUAGUUCUCAGUGAACGCAUAUAUUCGUGUUCUCAUCUGAAAAGAAACUGAACUGUAAUGAUGUGCUAUUUUGAAUAAUUUUUUUGUCGAACUGUUGUUAUCAUAAUAUACUCAUCUGAGUGAA